GGACCCGCCUCUUAUAGCAACUUCACCUGUAAAUUAAUUGCAUGGAUCUGCACUUCGGAUUCUAACAGAAAAAGUAGCCCAUCUGGGUGUCUUUGGAGUAUCCUAUUCAUUUCAACAUACUUCGAUUUGGGACACACUAUUUCUCAUUUCGAACACUAUUUAUGACGGAUACUAAUUGGGAAGUAGCUGAAUGAAAGUGAAAGUAAAAUCCAUCGGCCUAUGUUGUUAUUUAAGAAAACAGAAACAUCUCGCCUAUAAAAUCAAAUAGUUUCCUUCAUGUAGAUUUUCUUGACGAAACAUCAAUGUCCACAAACACUUUUCCAUUGAGGUCAGUACCCCAUGAAGAGUGACCGGUUAAUGGAUCCUCCCAUUAAAUUUAGUGGACACACUGAUCCUGGGUUUAGAUCGGACCCUCCAGAACCCAGUUGUGUGUCCAUGAAGAGUGACCGGUCAAUGGAUCCUCCCGUUAAAUUUAGUGGACACACUGAUCCUGGGUUUAGAUCGGACCCUCCAGAACCCAGUUGUGUGUCCAUGAAGAGUGACCGGUCAAUGGAUCCUCCCGUUAAAUUUAGUGGACACACUGAUCCUGGGUUUAGACCAAACCUUCCUGAAUCCAGCUGUGUGUCCAUGAAGAGUGACCGGUCAAUGGAUCCUCCUAUUAAAUUUAGUGGACACACUGAUCCUGGGUUUAGACCUGAUCCUCCAGAAUCCAGCUGUGUGUCCAUGAAGAGUGACCGGUCAAUGGAUCCUCCCAUUUACUUUAGUGGACACACUGAUCCUGGGUUUAGUAGUGGCCCUCAACAUGCCAAAUUCCUCAAGACAUUCAGAUCAAAUCUGAGGAAGAAGUUUCAGUGUCUGUAUGAGGGAACAGCAAAGCAGGGAAACCCAACACUGCUGAAUGAGAUCUACACAGAGCUCUACAUCACAGAGAGUGAUUGUGGAGAGAUCAAUAAUGAGCAUGAGGUGAGACAGAUUGAGACUCAAUCCAGCAGAGCAACAAAAGAGGACACACCGAUCAAAUGCAAUGACAUCUUUAGACCUUUACCUGGACAAGACAAACCCAUCAGAACUGUGCUGACAAAGGGAGUCGCUGGCAUCGGAAAAACAGUCUCUGUGCAGAAGUUCAUCCUGGACUGGGCUGAAGGGAAAGAGAAUCAGGACGUCCAGCUCAUAUUUCCUCUUCCUUUCAGAGAGCUCAACUUGAUGAAGGACAAACCACUCAGUCUUUCAGAGCUUCUUCAUGUCUUUUUCCCUGAAACAAAAGAAAUUAAUCCAUUCAGUGAUGAAUAUAAAGUUGUCUUUGUUUUUGAUGGUCUGGAUGAGUGUCGUCUGUCUCUGGACUUCAGUGUGAAACUGUGUAAUAUUUCUGAAUCAGCCUCAGUGGACGUGCUGCUGACGAACCUCAUUACAGGGAAUCUGCUCCCCUCUGCUCUCAUCUGGAUCACCUCCAGACCCGCAGCAGCUGAUCUCGUCCCGUCUGAGUGUGUCCAUCGAGUGACAGAGGUACGAGGCUUCAAUGAGCCACAGAAGGAGGAAUACUUCAGGAAGAGAAUCGAUGAUCAGAGUCUGGCUGAUAAAAUCAUCACACACCUGAAGUCCUCAAGGAGCCUCUUCAUCAUGUGUCACAUCCCAGUGUUCUGCUGGAUCUCAGCCACUGUUCUAGAGAAGAUGUUGAGUGAAGCAGAGAGUGGAGAGAUUCCCAAGACUCUCACUCAAAUGUACACAAACUUCCUGAUCAUUCAGACCAUCAAACAUGAGAAGGACUAUGAGAAGAAAGUGAAAGAUGAAGACAUGAUCCUCAAACUGGGGAAACUGGCUUUCCAGCAGCUUAUGAAAGGAAACCUGAUCUUCUAUGAGGAAGACCUGAGAGAGUGUGGCAUUGAUGAGACAGAAGCAUCAGUGUACUCAGGACUGUGCACUCAGAUCUUCAGACAGGAGUUGGGCUUGUAUCAGGGGAAAGUCUUCAGCUUUGUUCAUCUGAGCAUUCAGGAGCAUCUAGCAGCUCUUUAUGUGCUGCAUUCAUUCCUGCUGUACAAGAGGGAUGUGCUCAAUGAAAACCUCAGCUCUAAACAUUCACAUGAGUUCACGUGUCACACAAUAUCUGACCUGCAUCAGAGAGCCGUAGACAAGGCUCUGCAGAGUAAUAAUGGACAUCUGGAUCUUUUCCUGCGGUUCCUUCUGGGUCUCUCGCUGGAGUCCAAUCAGAUGCUCCUGAAAGACCUUCUGACACAUGUUAGAAACAUCUCGUACAGUAAAGAGAAAACGGUUGAAUACAUUCAAACAAGGAUAAGAAUGAAUCCCUCACCAGAGAAAUCCAUCAAUCUGUUCCACUGUUUAAAUGAACUGGGUGAUCGUUUUCUCGUAAAUGAAAUCCAGGAGUGUCUCAGAUCUAGAGGUCUUUCAACCACCAAACUGUCCUCAUCACAGUGGUCAGCCGUUGUCUUUGUUUUAUUAACCUCUGAGUGUUUGGAUGAGUUUCAUUUGAGUAAAUACAUAAGCGGAUAUACAUCACCGGAUGAAGUACUUCAGAAGCUCUUGCCUGUAGUUGAAGCCUCCAGAUCAGCAAAGUUGGAUUAUUGUAAUAUCACAGAUGAAGGUUGUGCUGCUCUGACUUCAUCUCUGAGAUCAAACUCACUCCUCAGAGAACUGGAUCUGACUUGGAAUAAAAUAGGAGAUGAAGGUCUGACGCUGCUCUCUGAUGGACUGAAGGAUCCUCACUGUAAACUGGAGAAACUGACGUUGUGUAGGUGUAAUAUCACAGAUGAAGGUUGUGCUGUUCUGGCUUCAGCUCUGAGAUCAAACUCACACCUCAGAGAACUGGAUCUGUCUAAUAAUAUAAUAGGAGGUGAAGGUCUGACGCUGCUCUCUGAUGGACUGAAGGAUCCUCACUGUAAACUGGAGAAACUGACGUUGUGUAGGUGUAAUAUCACAGAUGAAGGUUGUGCUGUUCUGGCUUCAGCUCUGAGAUCAAACUCACACCUCAGAGAACUGGAUCUGUCUAAUAAUAUAAUAGGAGGUGAAGGUCUGAUGCUGCUCUCUGAUGGACUGAAGGAUCCUCACUGUAAACUGGAGAAACUAAAGUUGGAUCAGUGUAAUAUCACAGCUGAAGGUUGUGCUGCUCUGGCUUCAGCUAUGAGAUCAAACUCACAUCUCAGAGAACUGAAUCUGUCUGAGAAUAAAAUACGAGAUAAAGGACUGAUGCUGCUCUCUGAUGGACUGAAGGAUCCUCACUGUAAACUGGAGAAACUGAAGUUGAGUCGGUGUAAUAUCACAGCUGAAGGUUGUGCUGCUCUGGCUUCAGCUCUGAGAUCAAACUCACACCUCAGAGAACUGGAUCUGACUGGGAAUAAAAUAGGAGAUGAAGGUCUGACGCUGCUCUCUUAUGGACUGAAGGAUCCUCACUGUAAACUGGAGAAACUGAUGUUGUGUAGGUGUAAUAUCACAGAUGAAGGUUGUGCUGCUCUGGCUUCAGCUCUGAGAUCAAACUCACACCUCAGAGAACUGGAUCUGUCUGAGAAUAAAAUAGGAGGUCGAGGUCUGACUCUGCUCUCUGGUGGACUGAAGGAUCCUCACUGUAAACUGGAGAAACUGAGGUUGAUAAAGUGUAAUAUCAAAGAUGAAAGUUGUGCUGCUCUGACUUCAGCUCUGAGAUCAAACUCACACCUCAGAGAACUGGAUCUGUCUAGGAAUAAUAUAAGAAAUGCAAGUAGGAAGAGUCUCUCUGCUUUAAAAGAUGAUCCACAUUAUAAACUUGAGACACUGGGCUUUUGGUGAUGGUGAAUAUGGAGCCACAAUAGAGACAUCAUCAUCAACACUGAAGUCACAUGACCUUACCCAUACUGGACUUUACUGUAUAUAAAUGUACAUGAUUUUUUGUAUAAGAUCUAAUAAACUUCCUCUCAUUCA